AUGACAUUGCAACACUUUAAAGACCUUGAUACCGCUAAAAGCACUGACUCGUCUAUCAUAAUAAGAUGUCCAUUUGGUUCUUGUAAUACACGUAUUAUUAUGCUAUCUGAGAAACUCCUUUCAAAUGAGUUGAUUAUCCAAAAUUCGCCAGGCAUGGUUCAAAUAUCUGACAAUACAGAUAGCAACCCAAAUUCGUUUUUCAAAUUAGAUGAUGUUUGGGAUUUUGAUAAUAUUGGAGUUUCCAGACCUUCGAGUGAUAUCAAGCAGCCCAUUAUAGAAGAAAAUAAUAAAGUUUUAAAUAUUAAGAUCGAACGAUUAUUAAUUUGCAGUGAAUGUGAUAAAGGGCCUAUUGGAUUCGCAGGGUUAGAGGGAGAAGACACCGAUGUGAAGAACUUGAAAUACUUUUUAAGCUGCAGCAGUGUAUUGUACGAUAUUAAAUAA